AAAGCCCGUUCCGCAUUCGCACGCUCGGCUCGCUGCCUGGCGGGAGGCAUGGCUGAGCCGGCUAGCGAUUCCGUGGCUUCUGCGGGGUGGUUUCCGUCGUCCGAGCUGACCCCGGCGCUGGGGCCUCUGAGCGACCCUGCCUCGCUGCGGGACAACUGGAUGCUCUGGGCAAUGCUGCCGCCGCCACCGCCGCCUUCGUCGUCGCCUUCUCUGGGAGGGUCGGAGCCUUCCUCGGAGGGGCGGCCCUCCCGGGAGGCCCAGGCGCUCCCCGAGGCGCCCCCUCCCUUCGACGCCCAGAUUCUCCCCGGGGCGCAGCCUCCCUUCGACGCCCAGUACCCCCUUGAUGCUCAGCCUCCCCUCAACGGCCAGCCGUCCUGGAACUUCCAGGCUUCGACAUCAUGGUACUGGAGACAGUCGUCUGGUGCUUUUCGGGGGCAUCAGAAGACUCCGGUUAAUCAUUCUUAUUUUCCACGAAAAUAUGAUGCAAAGUUCACUGAUGUCAACCUCCCUCCCAGUAGAAAACAGAAAAAAAAGAAAAGAAAGGAACCAGUUUUUCAUUGUUUUUGUGAUACCUGUGAUCGUGGUUUUAAAAAUCAAGAAAAGUAUGAUAAACACAUGUCUGAACACAUGAAAUGUCCUGAAGUAGAUUGUUCUUUUAGUGCACAUGAGAAGAUUGUCCAAUUCCAUUGGAGAAAUAUGCAUGCUCCUGGUAUGAAGAAGAUCAAGUUAGAUACUCCAGAGGAGAUUGCAAGAUGGAGAGAAGAAAGAAGGAAAAACUACCCAACUCUGGCCAAUAUUGAAAGAAAGAAAAAGUUAAAACUUGAAAAGGAAAAGAGAGGAGCAGUUUUGACAACAACACAGUAUGGGAAGAUGAAGGGGAUGUCCAGACAUUCACAGAUGGCAAAGAUCAGAAGUCCCGGCAGGCAUCACAAAUGGAAAAAUGACUGUGUUGGACAGAAAGCGGCCAUUGGAUCUGGCAAUUGCUUGCGUGAUUCGAAACCUGAAGAUCCACCUGAAGCAAAUUCAGACCCUCUGGGUGUUUUAGUAAACACUGAUUCUGAAUCUGAUAAAGAGGAGAAACCACAAAGUACGGUCAUACCCAAGGAAGUGACACCAGCCCUGUGCUCACUAAUGAGCAGCUAUGGUAGUCUCUCAGGGUCAGAGAGUGAGCCAGAAGAAGCUCCCAUUAAGACUGAAGCAGACAUUCUGGUGGAAGAUGAGGUUCUUCAUAACAAUACUCCUAAGAGAUCAAGGAACAAUGUUAAAGUGACUGUUAAAAACUAUAGGAGCCCAAAGAAAAGUUUUAAAAAGACAAACCCUAAGAGGAAAAAAGAUUAUCACAACUAUCAUACCUUAUUUGAACCAAGGACACACCAUCCAUAUCUCCUGGAAAUGCUUUUAGCUCCAGACAUUCGACAUGAAAGAAAUGUGAUUUUACAGUGUGUUCGGUACAUCAUCAAAAAGGACUUUUUUGGACUUAAUACUAAUUCUGCAAAAACUAAAGAUGUAUAGGUACCAGCACUCAUGUGAAAUAGGCCCAUCCUAAAGUUAGUGGAGGAAAACCUUUUUUAAAAAAAAAAACAACUGGAUUAAUAAUUGUAGACCUUAUGAAAUAUUAUGUUGGAUUUUUAAUUCUUUCCUUUGAAUCUAUGCAAAUAAAUACAUAACUGGUUUUAAGACUCUGUCUCUAUUGUUGGGGUUUGCCUAAUAUUUGCUGGUAGAGUUCUACUUUUUACUUAUAUUUAUUUGUAUUAUUGCUGUCAGGUAAGGAAGUCUGCUGUGGGACCAGUCAAAAAUUGAAGAUAUUGGGUUAGUAGUAAAGAAAAAGACCUUAAAAAUGUUUAAUUCAGCAAACAUAAUUGAGCAAAGCUGUAGGUUACGGAGAGAAGUACAGUCAUUUCGUCUUUAUUUUAUUAUUUUUUAAAGAUUUUAUUUAUUUAUUCAUGAGAGACACAGAGAGAGAGAGACAGAGACACAGGCAGAGGGAGAAGCAGGCUCAAUGCUGGGAGCCCGAUGUGGGACUCGAUCCCGGGUCUCCAGAAUCACGCCCUGGGCUGAAGGCGGCGCUAAACUGCUGGGCCACCCGACCUGCCCCGUCAUUUUGUCUAAAUGCAGGAAAAUGAGAAUCAUCCUUUAACUGUAGCAAGGGGGAUUAUUUAAAUAAUAAACCAUAUCAAAUUAAUACACUCAAAAGGUCUUGAAAUUUAAAAUUUCCCAGUUUAUUUCCAAGGACAUUCGGAAAUUCACCUAUUGACACUAUUUAAGUAGUUCAAAUACUGAAUGUUUGGAAUAUUGACAUAGAUAAGGCCUCUGUGUAUGUUUAGAUUCACUGGAAGUGCUUCUUUUUGGUAUGGUUCAGAAUUGGACCUUUUUAAUUUCUCAAAUGUAAAGCAUGGUACUUGAUGAGGUCCAUCUAAUUUGUAGCAAAAACUGUAGUUCGUGAAAUAAUGUAAAACCUCAGUUUUAAUAUUUAAAACUGAGCAUAUUUCUUAAUUGAACCCUUUUAAAAUGUUUUUAAAUAAACAGAUCUUUUUUGAGUCUUUUUAA